UGAUGACGAGCUACCUUCAUGGGGAAGUAAGUGUGUGUUGAGCACACAGGGAAGGCACACAAGCGCUCUCCUCACAAAAUUUUACAAAUGCAACUGAUCAGAAGAGGAAAAUGUGUGUCUAUUCUCUUUUGUUAAUCUGGAGGAACUGGCUUUCACCUCAACAGGUAUGUAAAGAAAGCGCCGGCGGAUCAGGAGCCGCUACAGUCGAUGAUGUCAGACAGGCGGGAGGAAAGGCAAAACAGCCCUGAGGGACAGACAGACCUCCAACGCCAAAACACAGGAAAAAAAGUGGGGGCAAAGACAGCUGUUACAACAUGAUGCAGUGUGUGGCUGCCGGGCAUGACAUUGUAGCUCUGGCCAACCUACGCCCUGCACACAAAGAUGAGUUGGACAGUUACAUGUACCAAACAGUGGGCCACCAGGCCAUAGAACUGUACGCUGAGGCCAUGGACUUGCCCCUUUACCGACGCACUAUCCAGGGCUCCAGCUUGAACACUGGCAGAGACUAUCAGGAGACGGAGGGGGAUGAGGUGGAGGAUCUUUAUCAGCUGCUAAGCCUUGUCAAGGAAAAGGAGGGUGUCGACGCGGUGUCUGCGGGGGCCAUUCUCUCUGAUUACCAGAGGGUCCGUCUUGAAAAUGUGUGUUUGCGUCUUGGUUUGCAGUCUCUGGCCUACCUGUGGCGGCGAGACCAGGAGUCGCUGCUCUCCGAGAUGAUAUCAUCUGACGUCCACGCCAUCCUCAUCAAAGUCGCCGCCUUAGGCCUGGACCCCGACAAGCAUCUGGGAAAAUCUCUGGCCGACAUGGCACCACACCUGAAACAGCUCUCCCAGAAGUACGGCGUCCAUAUUUGCGGAGAAGGAGGAGAAUAUGAAACCUUUACCCUCGAUUGCCCCCUCUUCAAAAAGAGGCUCGUCAUCGAUUCGUCCGAGACGACCAUCCACUCGGCCGACGCGUUCGCGCCGGUCGGCUACCUGCGCUUAACCGCCAUGCGCACAGAAAGCAAAGACAGAGAUGCGGUGGCGCGAGAUGUGGCCCGCGCUCGUUGUCCUUGCCAGAGCGCCAUUGACAAGAUGACGGAGGAGGCGGAAUAUGCUGAUGGAGCUGGAGACGACCACCCUCACCGGCGACAAUUUACAUCAGACGCUGACCUUAGUUGUCAGCAAGGCUACGCACUCCCCGCAGAUGCGCCUCCGUCCUGUUCUUCCAGAACUUCUCAGGGUUACCAGUGGAUUUCUGGCAUCGACGGCCUGCAAAGCCAAGACUCCGGGAUCCAGGGCCAGACUGCAGCGGCUUUUGCACUCUUGAGAAGUCAGCUGGAUGCCAGAGGCUGGAACAUGAAGGACAUUGUCCUCGUCCACCUUUACGUGAACAACAUGGACGACUUUGGUCCCCUCAAUUCCGUGUAUAAGAACCACUUUUCCACCAACCCUCCUGCCAGGGUGUGCGUCCAGGCCUCGCUGCCCGCUGGCCAUCUUCUUCGGAUGGACUGUCUCCUCCAUAAGUGGAGCGAGCCGGCCGCGGAGGGUUGCUUUCAUCGGAGGGAAGCGCUCCACGUGCAGAGUUUAUCUCACUGGGCCCCGGCCAACAUCGGCCCAUACAGUCAAGCCCUUAGGGUCGAUGGCGCCGUGUUCUGCGCAGGCCAAAUCGCACUGGUCCCCUGCACCAUGCAGCUGGUGAAGGCAGGCACCAGCACGCAAGCCAGUUUGGCAUUUAGCCACGCACAGAAAGUUCUGGAGGCCACCAUCGGCAAUUUGACUCUGGCCCAUGCGGUCCAGGCCCACUGUUACGCCACCAGAAGCCAAGAUGUCGCCAUCAUCCGGGCCGCAUGGAAACGCGCGCUGGAGGUUGAGGAUGAAGACCAGGAGUUUUUUACUGGGCCUGAACGCCAAGCUCCUCCAUUAGUGGUGGCAAUUGUGCCCGCUUUACCCAAAGAUGCCGCCAUCGAGAUCCACGUCACAGCCAUCCAGGAUGACCCCAGCCAAAGGACGUCCUGUCACGUGACCACAACUUUGCGGCACUGCAGCAUCGAGUGCCGAGUUGUAACGUCUGCCGACCGAAGCGCCGCCUCGCUGUCCCUGCGCCUGACCGUGACUGAUCCCGGGGUCGUGCAGGACGCAAGGGAGGUCACGGAUGCGAUCUGCGCCGCGUUGGGAAAAGCCCUCAAGGAGACGGAGGCUGAGCUGGUCCCGCUCUGUGCCCGAGUGUUCUACAAGUGCCACAACACGCUGGCGAAGCAAGUCACUGAAGGUCUCCAAGACGCUUUGAAAAAACUCCUCAGGGACUCCAGUCCAUCCGUGGCCCCGGUUCCAGUACUGGACUUGGCUGAUUCCGACAUCCUCCUCCUGUCCUGCUGGCUCAGCUCUUAGAACCAGAACCAGGAUCAGGUCUAUUCAAAACCUCAAUGUGUUUCCAAAGGGAUGAUAGUAGUUUUGGGGCCAGACGUUUUGGGACAGUGACGGAUGUUGGGGAUUUUGAUCUUUGUGUCAUAAAGAGGGUUGGAAUUCAUUCUGGAGGUUUUUGCAAAAAAGAAAAGUCAUUCUUGUAGUCUGUGGAGAUAAAGACCUGACAAACCGUCUUCUAAUACCCUUUUUGUUCAGGUAGCACCAGACCUAACAACACCUUUGCUGUCAUAGUAAAGCAACCGAUUUAGCGCUCUUUAGGUGACCACGUGCCUCCCUCUUGUGUUCCACGGGACUGGAGAUGUGUUAUUAUUGUGUAAUAGGCAAUCAGGAGCAGGCACCCGAAAAGAUUAAGCCUCUUUAUGUUUUCCAUUGAUUCCAAGGCAGCCUGGUUAAUAGGAGAGGGACUUCAGCUCACAUCGCUGCAGGCAAGGAAUUAAGCCUGAGUGCGUGCGAAGAAAAUAACACUAUUAACGCUCCUGGAACAUUUCUUUUCUCAAAGAUCAUGAACGUAUUGAUGAACCCGAGUUAGAAUGUAUCUUCACUCCGCCGAUUCUAUCCUCAACGCCCCCCGAGACGACGGCGGCGGGAUGCGGCCUUACCGAUCGAUCGUCAACCCGCCCCACCGUUGUUUUGAUUGUUGCUAUCAAAAAUUGAACAAUGGAGCCUGAAGAUUUUUUUUCUUUAUUGCAGGAUGAACAACACAAACAAGCAAUUAUUUAUGAGCGAGCAAGCUAAUGUUCUAUCAAGUGUGUACCUGUUUAUUAUUUAAGGGGGAGUUGUCUAGAAAUAGAUUUUCUUAAUCAUACAACUGUCACAUCAUGCAUGUAUGCAAGUAAAAUCCAUCAUCGACAGUCUCUA